AUGAGCUUCAAAACUAUUUACGAACAGCUUCUCAAUUCCGUCAUUCGCGACGGUGGACGAGAGCGGCAACGGAAAUGUCAAAGUCUCUGCUUGAACGUUGCUCUAUUAUUGAGCGGUCAUAAUCAGGCGGUAUAUGCCCCCAGUUGUGGCACCGGUGUAUUCAACAAUCAGGCUGCAGUCCACAGCGAGAGAAUUGUGAAUAAUGAAGCCCUUUUGGAUGUUGAAUUUCUCUGGUCACUGGUUCUUAUUAGAACCAUCAGAACCAUGACAAUAUCAGAGUGA